CCUUUUCGUGAUUCUCAGAUCUCACCCAUAUCAUUCUCCACUAUGGCGACCAUCACCCUGAAGCGAACUGAGCAGAAGAUGCCGUUAGUUGGAUUCGGACUGUGGAAGGUAAACAAGGAGACCUGCGCAGAUACCGUCUACAAUGCGAUCAAAGCUGGCUACUGUCUCUUCGACGCCGCUGCCGAUUACGGGAACGAGAAACAAGCCGGAGAAGGCCUUCGCCGAGCAUUGCAAGAGGGUAUCGUCAAGCGUGAGGAUAUCUUUAUCACGUCCAAGUUAUGGAACACAUUCCACGCCCAAGAGCAUGUCAAGAAAGUAACUAGGAUGCAGCUGGAACAUUGGGGCAUCGACUAUUUUGACUUGUUCUUGAUUCAUUUCCCGAUUUCCCUCAAAUAUGUUGAUCCAAACCAUCGCUACCCUGCGGAAUGGAUGGGAGACGAUGGAAAGGUACAUUUAGAGAAGGUUCCCAUGCACGAAACAUGGAAGGCUAUGGAGGAACUCGUUGAUGAUGGUCUUCGUCAAGAACAUUGGAUUGAGUAUGCCAAGUAUGAACCUCAAGUACUUCAGAUUGAACUACACCCGUAUUUGACGCAGGAGCCGCUCGUUGAUCUUUGCAAACGCUGGGGCAUCGCUGUGACAGCCUACUCUUCAUUCGGCCCACAAAGUUAUCUGGAGCUCGGUAUGGGGAAAACUGCUCCAUCUCUCCUUGACCAUAGUAUUAUCGGUGCCAUAGCCUCGGCUCAUGGAAAGAGUACGUAG